GAGAGGAGACUGUGACUGUGCAGUAUCGACAUGUUUGGAUUUAUCAAGAAGUCUGGACAGUCAUUUGGUGCAUAGGAAAGUGUCUUGUUCAUAUCUGAUCCGUGGUGUUUGAUAAGUGGCAGAACUAUGGACCAUCCUCUGGUGUGGGUUCUCAUCCUGGUGCUGCUCAACUUCAAUACAGAUGUCUCUGGCCAGGUGGUGGUUCCCUCGAUGAACCCCUUAGCUGUGGGCAGUAAUGUCACACUGAACCUAGUUCCCGAAAGCCCCAUCAACAUAGGGACCUGGUCAUAUGAAACUACAACCAUUGUACUUUUCUAUCCUGAUGGCAGUAUUGUGAGUACAAGUUAUCAAGGCAGAGUCUCAUUCAACUGCUCCUCCUCAGAGCUGUCCAUAAGCUCUCUCCAAGUCAACGACUCAGGUCUGUAUACCGUGCAGGGAAUGGAGCCAGUCCUGACCGCUGUGGUGACCUUGUCUGUCCAGGAGCCCAUUUCAAACGUGACUCUAAGAGCCAACUCCACUGAUCUAGUGGAAUUAAACGACACUGCCAUUUUCACCUGCUCCGUCUCCUCUGGUACCUCCCUCUCCUACCGCUGGAUGAAUGGCAGCUCAGAGGUUGCAGCCAGUGACCGAGUUCGGCUUGGUGUUGGGAACAGCACUCUCUCCAUAGUCAGUGUGACACGUGACGAUGAAGGGCCGUUCAGAUGUGAGGUCAUCAAUGGAAUCAACAAUGGCACCAGCCAGCCCAUUGGCCUCAAUGUUAGAUAUGGCCCAAGUAACCUCACCAUGAUGGUAGUUCCUGAGAUGAUCAUAGGACAUACAGCCUACAUGAUGGGCUCUGACAUCACUCUGUCCUGCUCCGCUCAGUCCAAACCCGCUGUGUCCUACAAGUGGAGGUUUAAUGGGGUGUUCCUCAACGAGCAAAGUCCACAGCUGAGCCUGCAGAACACCAGGGAGAACCAGACAGGAAGUUACACCUGCUUAGCCUACAACAAUGUCACACUCCGAUACGCCACCAUGACCACAAUGAUAAAGAUUGUGGAGCCGAUAUCAGCGGUGUCGUUGAACCGUGAUGGGAAGCCACCGAUACUGGAUCAGUCGUUCACUCUGCGGUGUGAGGUGACUGAACCUGUAGACUACAUUCACUGGCUGAUGAACGGCCAGCUCAUCUCCCUAAACAACAGAACAUUCUUCUCUACGGACAACAAGACAAUGGUUAUCAACCCAAUCCAGUUUUCUGACAGUGGAGAAUAUCUCUGUGAGGCCUUUAAUGCUGUCAGUAACAAGACCAGCAUGACAUACACACUUGUGGUGAACUAUGGACCAGAGAUGCCUGUUAUAACAGGACCAGCAUUAGGAGAAACAGGGCACAACCUGACCUUCAACUGCUCUGCCUCCUCUCAGCCUCCCAGCCAGUUCAGCUGGUUCUUCAAUGGCUCCCAGGUGGUGACUGGCUCAGUGUAUGAGACUGGCCCACUGACCUUAGCCAGUCAUGGGGAGUACACCUGUGUGGCAUUCAACAACGUCACUGGCAGAAACAGCACUGUUUCCAAGAUGCUCAUUGUCAUUGAACCAGUAACCAUGGCCAUGGUGAAAGUCAUGGGUGCCCAACCAAUAGCAGACAACACGUUUACUCUGACGUGUGAGACCACUGGAACCAUUUACUCCAUUCACUGGAUGAAGAACGGCUGGCCUCUGUAUGCUGAUAACAGAACAGACUUCUCUAUGAACAACAAUACACUUACCUUCAAAUAUGUCCAGGAUUCUGACAUCGGAGACUAUCAAUGUUCUGCUUCCAACCCCCUCAGCAACAUGACCAGCACAGAAUACAGACUGAUCGUCAACUAUGGACCAGAGAUGCCUGUUAUAACAGGACCAGCAUUAGGAGAAACAGGACACAACCUGACAUUCAACUGCUCUGCCUCCUCUCAGCCUCCCAGCCAGUUCAGCUGGUUCUUCAAUGGCUCCCAGGUGGUGACUGGCUCAGUGUAUGAGACUGGCCCACUGACCUUAGCCAGUCAUGGGGAGUACACCUGUGUGGCCUUCAACAACGUCACUGGCAGAAACAGCACUGUUUCCAAGAUGCUCAUUGUCAUUGAACCAGUAACCAUGGCCAUGGUGAAAGUCAUGGGUGCCCAACCAAUAGCAGACAACACGUUUACUCUGACGUGUGAGACCACUGGAACCAUUUACUCCAUUCACUGGAUGAAGAACGGCUGGCCUCUGUAUGCUGAUAACAGAACAGACUUCUCUAUGAACAACAAUACACUUACCUUCAAAUAUGUCCAGGAUUCUGACAUCGGAGACUAUCAAUGUUCUGCUUCCAACCCCCUCAGCAACAUGACCAGCACAGAAUACAGACUGAUCGUCAACUAUGGACCAGAGAUGCCUGUUAUAACAGGACCAGCAUUAGGAGAAACAGGACACAACCUGACCUUCAACUGCUCUGCCUCCUCUCAGCCUCCCAGCCAGUUCAGCUGGUUCUUCAAUGGCUCCCAGGUGGUGACUGGCUCAGUGUAUGAGACUGGCCCACUGACCUUAGCCAGUCAUGGGGAGUACACCUGUGUGGCCUUCAACAACGUCACUGGCAGAAACAGCACUGUUUCCAAGAUGCUCAUUGUCAUUGAACCAGUAACCAUGGCCAUGGUGAAAGUCAUGGGUGCCCAACCAAUAGCAGACAACACGUUUACUCUGACGUGUGAGACCACUGGAACCAUUUACUCCAUUCACUGGAUGAAGAACGGCUGGCCUCUGUAUGCUGAUAACAGAACAGACUUCUCUAUGAACAACAAUACACUUACCUUCAAAUAUGUCCAGGAUUCUGACAUCGGAGACUAUCAAUGUUCUGCUUCCAACCCCCUCAGCAACAUGACCAGCACAGAAUACAGACUGAUCGUCAACUAUGGACCAGAGAUGCCUGUUAUAACAGGACCAGCAUUAGGAGAAACAGGACACAACCUGACCUUCAACUGCUCUGCCUCCUCUCAGCCUCCCAGCCAGUUCAGCUGGUUCUUCAAUGGCUCCCAGGUGGUGACUGGCUCAGUGUAUGAGACUGGCCCACUGACCUUAGCCAGUCAUGGGGAGUACACCUGUGUGGCCUUCAACAACGUCACUGGCAGAAACAGCACUGUUUCCAAGAUGCUCAUUGUCAUUGAACCAGUAACCAUGGCCAUGGUGAAAGUCAUGGGUGCCCAACCAAUAGCAGACAACACGUUUACUCUGACGUGUGAGACCACUGGAACCAUUUACUCCAUUCACUGGAUGAAGAACGGCUGGCCUCUGUAUGCUGAUAACAGAACAGACUUCUCUAUGAACAACAAUACACUUACCUUCAAAUAUGUCCAGGAUUCUGACAUCGGAGACUAUCAAUGUUCUGCUUCCAACCCCCUCAGCAACAUGACCAGCACAGAAUACAGACUGAUCGUCAACUAUGGACCAGAGAUGCCUGUUAUAACAGGACCAGCAUUAGGAGAAACAGGACACAACCUGACCUUCAACUGCUCUGCCUCCUCUCAGCCUCCCAGCCAGUUCAGCUGGUUCUUCAAUGGCUCCCAGGUGGUGACUGGCUCAGUGUAUGAGACUGGCCCACUGACCUUAGCCAGUCAUGGGGAGUACACCUGUGUGGCCUUCAACAACGUCACUGGCAGAAACAGCACUGUUUCCAAGAUGCUCAUUGUCAUUGAACCAGUAACCAUGGCCAUGGUGAAAGUCAUGGGUGCCCAACCAAUAGCAGACAACACGUUUACUCUGACGUGUGAGACCACUGGAACCAUUUACUCCAUUCACUGGAUGAAGAACGGCUGGCCUCUGUAUGCUGAUAACAGAACAGACUUCUCUAUGAACAACAAUACACUUACCUUCAAAUAUGUCCAGGAUUCUGACAUCGGAGACUAUCAAUGUUCUGCUUCCAACCCCCUCAGCAACAUGACCAGCACAGAAUACAGACUGAUCGUCAACUAUGGACCAGAGAUGCCUGUUAUAACAGGACCAGCAUUAGGAGAAACAGGACACAACCUGACCUUCAACUGCUCUGCCUCCUCUCAGCCUCCCAGCCAGUUCAGCUGGUUCUUCAAUGGCUCCCAGGUGGUGACUGGCUCAGUGUAUGAGACUGGCCCACUGACCUUAGCCAGUCAUGGGGAGUACACCUGUAUGGCCUUCAACAACGUCACUGGCAGAAACAGAACUGUCUCCAAGAUGCUCACUGUUGUUGAACCAGUCAUCAUGACCAUGGUGAAAGUCAUGGGAUCCCAGCCAAUUCUGAACCAGACAUUCUCUCUGACCUGUGAGACCACUGGAACCAUUUACUCCAUUCAGUGGAUGAGGAACGGCUGGCCUCUGUAUGCUGACAACAGAAUACACUUCUCUAUUGACAAUAAUACACUGACCUUCAACUCUGUCCAGCAUUCUGACAAAGGAGACUAUAAGUGUUCUGCCUACAACCCCCUCAGCAACAUGACCAGCACAGAAUACAGACUGAUCGUCAACUAUGGUCCAGAGAGACCUGUUAUCAUGAGUCCGGAUAUAGCGAUGACAGGAUACAACGUGACCUUCAACUGCACUGCCUCCUCUCAGCCUCCCAGCCAGUUUAGCUGGUUCUUCAAUGGCUCCCAGGUGGUGACUGGCUCAGUGUAUGAGACUGGCCCACUGACCUUAGCCAGUCAUGGGGAGUACACCUGUGUGGCCUUCAACAAUGUCACUGGCAGAAACAGCACUGUCUCCAAGAUGCUCACCAUCAUUGAGGCUAUAACGUCGGUGACGGUGAAACUAAACAAAUUACCAAUAGCAUCUGACAACCUAACCCUGACCUGUGAUGUCACCGGGCACUAUGACACCAUCUACUGGAUGAAGGACAACCUGUCUCUGGUCCUGAACAACACCUUGAACUCUGACACAACCAUCUCUAACAACUCUCUGCACUUCAGUCCAGUCAAGGUGUCUAACGAUGGAAACUAUCAGUGCGUCGCCACCAACCUCUUUGGUCCAAACACCAGCCCUAAAUACCAGCUACUGGUGAACUAUGGCCCUAAGAGUGUGAAUAUCUCUGGCCCAGUCUCAGUGGUGAUUGGCUCAGUAACCACAGUUACACUGAAGUGCUCUGCCGACUCCCGGCCAAUCAGCGAGUACGGGUGGAAAUUCAACAAUCAAUCAGUGUUUGGGACUGGACCUAUGAUCGCUGUUAUUGCCUCCUUGGAGAAUGCAGGGGACUACACUUGUGUGGCCAAGAACCCUGUGACCAACAUCUCAAUGUCCAAGACCAUUAGUCUGGAUGUCACUGGCCACUCGAAUGCCCCUCCAUUCCAGGCCAGAGUUGGUCUGAUGCUAACAGCCCUGCUAGCUCUCUCUCUCUGCCUCUGAUCAAGCACUGAGACCACCACAGUAAGCACACUGCAUGUCUGUCUGCUGGUUGGGAGCCAAUAACUCCCUUUCCUCUACCCUCACUGACUCAGAUUGUUGAUCUGAAAAAGGACUGGAUAGGAAUAAGUGGUAUUGUCAAUACUGUAAUUGCCCCAUCUUGUCACCAUAGGGCUGGAUUUAGUAUGCUCAGCUCCUUUCCAAUGCUUUUAGAUUGUGAGGAGAGAGUCCACAAGAAGUCAGAUGGGAGGGAUCUAUCCCCUUAGAAUAGAACCCACCUCUACAGUGUGUUUAUAUGUCAAUCAUCUCUAUAAAUAACAACCAAAAUCUUGAAAACUGGUCUUCAACAUGGUCAUUGAAGGGGCAAACAUCCACUGCUCAGCUGCGUUGCCUAUUUCUGUUUCUAAUGAAAUGUUCUUAGAUAUUCACUGCCCUUAUGACAGUGACUAUUGCCCUUUCUGUGUUUGAUGUAUGUAAACACUGUUCAAGCACAAAUUCUGGUUUAUUUAACUUAUAAAUACCUUAAAGUUAAAAUGUUUCAAACGAUAAUACAUUCAGCUGGUGUUUAUGUUUAACAUGGGUUGUUAUUCAGAUUAAACACUGUAUAAGCUUGUAAAUCCUCAGAGGAGAUGCAGGCUUGUGCUAUUGUCUUAUAUUUAUAUUUCCUCUUCAUUAAUUAUUGUCUUAAAUAAAGUGCUGUCUUUUCACACCUGUAUUACUGAA